CACACAAACACACACACACACUCUCUCUCUCUUUCUGUCCGUCUUUCUUUCGAUCUCUCAGUCAGUAAUAAUGGAGCCCAGCAGUCCGAAGAAGAUCCAGUUUGCUGUGCCUCCGCUGCAGGGACAGCUGGACCCUCAGGCCGCCGAACAUAUCCGACGCAGAAGACCAACUCCUGCCACGCUGCAGAUCUACAGACAACCUGGCACAGAUGCUGGAGAUCAACACAACGCCAGCGGAGAGUCACAGGCUUCAGAUUCGUCUCAGAGGAAGCAGAGCACCUACGCCCCGCCCACCAUGAAAGGUAAACUGAAAGGUGCUGCAGGCCUACCCGAGGAGGACGAGGACGAAGCCAGCUCUCAGGACUGAUCCAGAUCCAGCAGAGAAAUCUCAGCACAGAAGAGGUCCAAUUUAUCUUUGAUACAAACCAACAGACUCUGGCGUCAAUCUCAAGCGUAGCACCUACAGGACGAGACAUCCAACAGCGGGACAGUCCACAGAGAGACAGCAGUUAACGUUUAAUCGAGGAGGUAAAGAAACCAGCUUCACUUUUAACGAGCUGGUCUGGAAAAAGCUCAAUUAGCACAUUGACCUCAGCACGUUUUCUCAGACGUGAGUUUAAAUUAUCCAAAAUUAACACCUCUGUUUGCCCCGUUUUAGUUUCGAUGUAGUGAAAGUGUGUUUUAGCCUUUAACCAAAGCAGCAGACUGCUAACAGCUCACUGCCGUCACGACAGUGAACCUCACACGGCCGACAUUUUUACACUUUUGGCGGGAAACUCGUGGAGAAACGUGUUGUUGUUCUCGUGCUGUGAAACAGCAAAUAUUAGCAUCGCAAACGUCGUCAUUAAAAAAAAAAACUUUUCUCGAAGGAAAUAAUCUGUAAAAGUUGAAUUUUAUAUUCGGUUUUCUGUAGUUGCAGCCAAAAUAGCUACUGAAAAAGGGCUCCGUACAGAGUAGCCAAACUAUCAGCAGAUACGGAGGCGGCAUUCGAGACGAUUCCCUGUCCAGUCGGAAAACCGCAUGCAGAACUAACUUCUUUCGGCGUGUUGAGUUUGGACCAAUGCCGGACCACGUCAUUUUUUAAAAUGGCCCUAUGAUGGCGGUUACGGCAGCUGGAAUUGGGUCGGUUUAUUUGGCCUGGUUUUGGGGCGUCACUCAUGUGACGGAUGCGGCCCGACUCACCUCUUCCAGCACGCCGAUUUCAGGCCGAUUCAGGACCCGGUCAUCUUGGCCGCCCGGGGAGUCAUCAGAGAAAAAAAGCCGACCUCACAUUA